UCGAUCUCGAAUUUAUCGACGACGUUGCGCGCCAAUCCUCACCAAAAGAAUUAGAUAUUCUCUUGGAAGACUGUCACCAUCAUGUCUAAAAUCACAGUCGCCGGAGUGCGCCAGAACGUCCAGGCUCUUUUGGACUACUCUCUCAAUGAGAAGAAGAGAAACUUCCUCGAGACCGUCGAGCUUCAGAUCGGUCUGAAGAACUAUGACCCCCAGCGUGACAAGCGUUUCUCCGGUACCGUCAAGCUGCCCCAGGUCCCCCGCCCUGGUAUGACCGUCUGCAUUCUUGGUGACCAGCACGACAUUGACCGUGCCAAGCACCAUGGUAUUGAUGCCAUGUCCGCGGAUGACUUGAAGAAGCUCAACAAGAACAAGAAGCUCAUCAAGAAGCUUGCUCGCAAGUACGAUGCCUUCAUCUCUUCUGAGGGUCUUCUGAGACAGAUUCCCCGUCUCUUGGGUCCCGGUCUCUCCAAGGCUGGUAAAUUUCCUACCCCUGUCUCCCACGGUGAGGAUCUUGCCGCCAAGAUCACCGAGGUCAAGUCCACCAUCAAGUUCCAGCUCAAGAAGGUUCUUUGCAUGGGUGUCGCCGUCGGAAACGUUGGCAUGACUGAGGACCAGCUUAUCGGAAACAUUAUGCUUUCCAUCAACUACCUCGUCAGCUUGCUCAAGAAGGGCUGGCAGAACGUUGGCAGCCUUACCAUCAAGGCCUCCAUGUCUCCUCCCAAGCGUCUCUACUAAGCGUAGAGCAUGCAGGAGCACUGGGUUCUUUUUGGUAUUAGGCUUGCGGCGCGCUGGGUCGUUUAAGUAGUCCAUACAUUGGUACUUAUAGUUGCGGUCGCUAUUCCAAAUCCAAUGAAAAAUAAUUGAAAUCACUUGGUCG